AUGUUACAUACAAUGAGUGCUGAGUGUGUGUCGAGUCCAGUAGUCGGCUCAUCGAUGAACAGUAGAGUUGAUUUCCCGGAACCCGAAGAACCCAUCAAUGCGUUCAACGAUCGGCUCAUAAACGCACCCGAAAUGCCGUUUAAUAUCCUCUUCUCUUUGCCAAACACUGACGACCGGACGCUUACCGUUAGGUCUGUCCAUCCAAUUGCUGUCUCCGAAGUCAUCCUUUACUCUAAAGAACUUAAUUCCAAAUCACUUUCACUGCAACUGAAUGUCAUUGUCAACAAAUACAUGAACGAGGGAUACCCUGAGAAUUUAAUCAUUUUGGAUAAUAUUAACGGAGAAUUUGUUUGCAAUUCAUUAAACGCAUUGAUGGGACCGUCGGGUGCGGGAAAGACAACACUUUUAAAAUUUCGGACUUGUUUCAUCCAAUCGGAUGUUUGUGAACACUUGUUAUCGGGACUGACUGUAAGACAAACUCUAUUAUACGCGUCGAAACUUAAGAACUCAAGAAUUAUGGAUCAAUUAAAUGACAAUAAAAUAGUGGAAGAAUUGAUGUCAGAUCUGAUGAUCAGCGAUACGGCAGACAAUAGGGUCGAGUCGUGUAGUGGAGGCGAACAAAAACGUAUAGUAAUUGCCUGUGAAUUGACUUCUCAUAUAAAGCCUAAUAUGUUAUGUAUUGACGAACCGACGAGUGGUUUGGAUAGCAAUGCCGCAGAAGUGGUAAUAAACUGUUUAAAAGCAUUGUCCCGAAGACAUGAGAUGACAAUCAUUGCAUCCAUACAUCAACCAAACAAUGAUUUGUUUAAUAUGUUUGACAACAUCUAUGUGUUGGCCAAAGGAGGGGUGAAAACGAAACCCCAAUCGAAGAAUUGCUAA